AUGCCAAUCGAGAUUGAGUCUCCAGAAGAAUAUGGCUAUGAUAAGAUCAAGUUCAAUCUAUCCGAGAGUUCCAUCGCGGAUCAGUCCCUAGGCUCUCUUGGAUUGACUAUUCUAGACCUUACUCUCCUCUACAACGAACAUAAAGGGAGCACCGAGCUGCGAAAUGCCAUUGCUGUCGACGCUGGCCUGAGUGCAGACGAUGUGCUCAUAACCAGUGGAGCUGCCGGAGCUCUCUUUAUUAUCUCAACAUCCCAGCUGUCUGCGCAGGAUCAUAUUGUGGUAGUUCGACCAAAUUAUGCAACUAAUCUAGAGACACCGCGGGCAAUUGGCUGCGAUAUCACUUUUGUGGAUCUCAAAUUUGAAUCCGGAUUCGAGCCAGAUCUAUCCUUCAUCGAACAAGCAAUCACGCCGAAGACGAAAAUCGUCUCCAUCACUUGUCCGCAUAACCCAACCGGGACUCUCCUCUCAAGGGGGUCUCUAGAUCGCCUUGUUGCAAUCACUAAGCAGAAAAACUGUUUGCUGCUCGUCGAUGAGACUUACAGGGACGUCAAGUAUGGCCGGCAACUUCCAGUCGCAGCUUCACUGGGUGACCACAUUCUGAGCGUCUGUUCUCUGUCGAAAUCUUACGGUGUGCCUGGACUUCGCCUCGGGUGGGUCAUUACACAGAGCAAGAAGCUCCAGGAGACUUUUUUGGCCGCCAAAGAGCAGAUAAGCAUCAGCGGUAGCGUUAUCAAUGAAUGGAUUGCGACGCAGCUAUUGCUGCGAAGAGAAAGCAUCAUUUCCGUCACAAAUGAGGAGAUGGCAAUCCGUCUGCAGAUGGUUCGUUCAUGGAUUGAGAAAGAUGAACUCCUUGAAUGGGUCGAGCCCGUGGGCGGCGUAGUUUGUUUCCCACGCAUGAAGAAGCAACCCAUAGGCGGCACGAAUGCAUUCUACGACAGGUUGUUAAAGAAGUACAAAACAUAUGUUGGCCCUGGACACUGGUUUGAAAUGCCUGACACGCAUUUUCGGUUAGGAUUUGGCUGGCCCACAAGGGAGGAACUUCUUGGCGGCAUGGACGCAAUCUCUAAGGCCUUGCGAGACACGGAUUAA